CCUUUCAAAUCAAAAAGCAAAUUUCCGAACGCCACAAAAAUGACUUUUACAAUAUGGUAGAGCAAUUGUUUGACAUCAGUGCGAAGGACUUUGAGAUGAAGUUGAGACGCGAUGAAUCAAUGCCUCGUGAUACUUCUGCUUUACAAGAGGAUUUGGCCUUCUUAGAUGAUCAAAGAACUAACAGAAAUAUGAUCAUAUCUUCUAAAAUUGACACAGAGCUUGAAGCAAGGUUUCAGAGAAAGAUUGAUAGAUGCAAGAGGAAAGAAGAAUAUAAAGAUCGAGUACAGAAGAGCAACGAUUCGAUAAUUCGUGACAACAAAGAAAAAAUUGGGGAAAAAAGGCAAUGGAAUCACAACUUUUUUCCUAACAAUGAUAUAAAUUUCAAUUUCGCAAGUGAGGAACCUACAGAACCUUAA